AAAACUAUGCCGAACCCGGUUUCGUAAAAUCACCGUUUUGAGCUCAGUUUUUGUCCGAUUUGAGAUCUGUUUUUUUGGGUAAAAAGAAGGUUUUCAUGGGUAAAAAGAUGCUAAUAUGUGAACAAACUCUUAGAAUUUUGAUAUUUGGUCUUAAAACAAAACGGCGUCGAAAAAACAUCAAAAAUUACCGGUUUCUCAAAAAUUCAAAAUGGCGCCAUUGUUGCCCCUUAAGUUGAAAUAUGUUCAAACUCGGGGAGAUUUAGUUUUGCAUAAAAAUACACAAAAAAAUUAUAUAUAGAAGCCAAGGCAGAAAAAAUAGUCAAUUUUUGUUGCACUGUGUAAUGCUCCGGUUUUGAUUGUAAUUCGUUUUCUGGGCCCAACAAAUAUCGAUCCGCAAACUGAUUUUGCAUUUUGUUGCAAUAAUUAUAGCGCACCCUGUAUUUUAGUCUUUAGAAUGAGCACUAUCAUAUUCAAUUAAAGUUCAAACGUUUUGGGUUUUCUACGUUAUUUUCUUUACUCAAUCUAGUUUUUUUCGCAGUUUUAUACAACUUUGGAACGUAUCCCCGCGUAAAAAAACUGGCUGUACAUUAGUUUUUCCACAAGAAUAUCAUUGAAAGUACAAAGGAACAUUACCAAAGAGGUCAAAACGAAAAAGAAGAAGCCUCAUCUUCUCCAGCGAAUUGCAGAUUUCCGUUCGUUAGCUGUUACCUGGAAAACUAGUCAAGCACGAAAUAUACUAGCUCGAAGUACAUUGCUUCAUUUCUCCUGCCAAGUGAAUAUUACAGUCAGCCCUUCUAAGGGACACUGAAAAAGUUCAUGAAGCUGAAUUUUCUUACUUUGAAAAUUACUCCAAGUAAAACAAAACUGGCGUUAAAAAUUUCUCAAACUAAAAUAUUUUUCCCUGAAUGCUAUUAUAUGCUAUUAUAUCGAGCUAGUAUGAGCUAGGUGUGUACAUUAAAAUUUGUUUUUUUUGUUGUGGUUGAGUCAUUUAGUUUAGAGUAAACCGCCAGAUUGUAAAGAACAAUAAAACGAAAAACCAUGCCGCAUCAUAUGCAAAUGACAGUUUACAAUUAACAGACUUACGGGUUGCCACUAUAGUGACAUCACCAAUGGCGCUUCUUAGCACCCCGAAAUCAUUUAUUUGAAGUAGUUAAUGUUACCUUAUGCCAACACAGGAAACUUUGAGGAAAAAUUGCGUUUUCAUAACAUUAACAUAACAUUUCAUCAGCAUGUGUCAUCGGUGCUUGGUUCGCAGCAUUGCGGAUGGAUUGGUUGAAUAAUAAUUAAAUUGGCUAUAAAUUUUAACCGCUUUACUAUGGAAAACCGUUUCAAAAGUGAUUUCAUAAACUAAAGUAAUUAUCUCUCUAUCCAACAAGAUAUCAAUGACCAAUAUCCGUUCACUCAAUUUUCGAUUUUUUGGCAUGCCACUCUACUGAGGUAGGCUAGAGGAGAGACCUAUUUUUUUUGUAAGAUUUGGCCCACCCUGAACAUUUUUUUUUAUUAUUUGUGUGCAAAGACCUACCCUCUUCGCGCGUAUGUACGUACAUCCAAUGGUCUCAGCCGAGAAAGGGUCAAGAAAUGUCGCUGAAAUAGCUAGCACAUCUUUAUCCUUACACCCAUUAAGCGAUCAACGGUCCUCAAGGCCGAAAGGAGAAUGGGGCCGCAACCAAAAGUGACAGUGUUGCCCGAACAGUUCGAUGCUACUACUAUUGGUAUUUUAACUGUAAUUUCUCGAAAUUUAUUAGUUUGCGAAAUAUAAAUAUCGAUCUCCAAAAAAGUUAUAAAUAUUUUGCUAAACUGUAGAAUAGAUGGAUAACAAUAUUUUGUAACUUUUAAUUAACAAAAUCACGCAUAUGCUUAGGUUUUAUAAUCCAGAGUCUAGUUGAGAGUCCAAUUUUUGAAGUACGGCAUCAGAAUAUUAGAUUUCUCUCUCCACCAGAAUUUUUUCGUGCAACUCGAAAAAAACUUCAAAGCAUCAAUAUCAUUGAAAAUAAUGUUAUAAAGACUACUGGGGAAACCUUCUUACUGAUGGUGACGGUAUGUCUGGUGAGUCAAAUAAUCAACUAGAUAAGUUUUAGCCACUAAUAGAUUUAACAAGAGUUGUUCCUGAAAAACAAGUUUUACAACACAAAAGAGCACCUCAGCACGAGGAUCGUUGAGAGCAGUGUGUUGCAAUUUCUUCGUCCCCCUCGAAAUCACGCAGAGUGCAUGACGUAAGGUCGAGUAAGACAUGACAACAGAAUUGCCAGCACAUACACGAUUACUCUGCCGACGUUGUAUACCUGAAAAAGCGCCUUCUUGUUUACAUAAUCCAAAAAUAAUUAUAGUACUUAACUCAGAUUGCAUCUCAGCGGUUGUAAAUCAAUAACCUAUCCCAGUGAGUAAAUAGGUCCAUCUAGCUUAAUGGUCGCUAGCGGAUGCUACUGUUGGUUAGAAUGUUCCCAUUAUCAAAUGAUAGAAGAAACAUUUUUCGCGAGUCACGAUCAGCUGGAUUUAAUCUGUGCAAGUGUGCGCUAUUGUUUGCGGAAAUCUACCCCCGAGUAUGAUGAGUUUGGGUUUGCGUCUGGAUUGAUUUACACACCUCACAAAAAGUGGGCGCUAACACCUCCGUCUGGCGAAUUUACAACAAAAUCCGACGACAAAGCAGACGAUUUUUCUUUCUUAACACCGCAAGAAUGUUGUGAAGUUCUACACGUUGUUAGGAGAAACUGACCGCGACCGCUUGUACCAACGUUAGUUGAAAUGUGUUCGAAUCAGGGCUUCACGAGAAGUUCGCUAAGUCAGGUGCUAUCCGCGUGCGUUAUCAACCUCGUCAAUUUCGGCCAUGGUGCGGCUCUCGGUUGGGUUUCACCAUUUCUCCCACUGCUACAGUCGGAUGAAUCACCACUUGAGACGGGUCCCGUGACGGUUGCCGAAGGCUCCUGGAUUGGAUCGAUUCUGUGCCUGGGUGGAUUUUUCGGAGCUCUUAUUUAUGGGUACCUGGCGGAAAAGAUUGGUGUGAAGAAAAGCAUUCUAUUCCUGGCAGCUCCCAACAUUUGCUUCUGGAUCACGGUGUACUUCGCGACUUCCGUCUAUCAGUUAUACGCGGCUCGACUUGUGGCAGGUGUCACUGGAGGAGGAAUUAUAGUUACCUUCCCAUUAUACAUAGCCGACAUUUCUGAUAGCAAAAUCCGCGGAGCGCUAGGAUCCUUACUGGCGAUGUCUGGAAAUUCUGGCAUCCUCCUGAUGUAUAUUGUUGGAGAUUUGCUCUCGUAUCGCACGGUACCGCUCGUUAUGAUGUGCAUCCCAGUUUCGUUCAUAAUACUGAUGAGCUUCAUUCCGGAAACUCCGCAAUCGCUGUUAAAACGCAGAAAUUUACGGGGAGCAGAACGCUCUCUAAUGUUCUACCGAGGAGUUCGACCAAGUGAAAAGCUAUCAGCGGAGUUUACCCGGGAGUUCGAACAACUGCAACAUUUUAUACUGGAGAGUAAAGUUAAAGCGAACAAGUUGACCUUUUCGGACUUUACAACGGUAGCGGCACGAAAUGGAAUUUUUAUCGGUAUCUUUCUUAUGUUCCUGAAUCAGUUUUGCGGUGUGUUCGCUAUCCUAACGUAUGCCGUGUCAAUUUUUGCCGAGUCCGGAUCAACGAUCAAUCCAGGAGCAUCUGCUAUAAUUAUGGGCGCCAUCCAAAUUAUUGGCACCGUUGCCUCAUUCAUACUGGUGGAUGUAGCCGGAAGAAAGAUACUGUUGAUGGUUUCCACAUUCGGCACCGGACUCGGUCUGUCCUGUCUGGGUACAUACUCGUGGUUGAGGUCCCAAGGGGUGGACAUGGAAGGCUUCAAUUGGAUCCCGAUCGGCAGUCUUUCGGUGACUGUUUUUCUGUUUUGUAUUGGUCUGUGUAAUAUACCGUUUUUCGUGCUACCGGAGAUUUUGCCUGCUAAAAUUUGCAACGCGGGGAAUACCAUCAGCAUGAUAUCAAUCACAAUUUUUGCAUUCAUAACGUUGAAGAUUCUACCGAUUUUGAUUGAAGUUAUCUCUCUGUAUGGGGCUGUUGCAAUAUUUGCCAGUACAUGCUUUCUGGGCCUUAUCGUCAUUGCCCUCUUCAUACCUGAAACAAAAGGAAAGAAUCUCAUCGUACCUGAAACAGUUUGAAAUUUGGCAAGGAAAGCUAUCCAGACAGACGAAAUCCAGAAUACAUCACCAUGUCACUCGGUAUUGGGCUGCUAUCCUCCAGUCGCCUCUAACACCAAUUACUACGAGGCCUUAGCAGGUUACGCAAUCCGUAGAAAGUCCUGUAUGCAGC